AUGGUGCCCCGGAGGCUGGCACUCUGUCCGGGGGAGCCUUUGGCUCCCCCGGACGGAGUGCCAGCCUCCGGGGCACCAUCGGUGGCCCUGGCAAGCCAGCCUUCCUCCCCAUCCUCCUCCUCCUCCUCCUCUUCUCCAUCUUUACGCUUCUCUGCAGAGCAAGUCUCUUGUGUCUGCGAGGCUCUCCUCCAAGCUGGGGAUCCUGGCCGCUUGGAUCGCUUUUUGGGCUCCUUGCCUGCAGAAGCAUCCGAGGAAGAAGAGGCAUCCUCCUCCUUCUCAUCUUCAUCCUCCUCCUGCUUGGAGAGCUUAGCCAAAGCAAGGGCCCUCUUGGCUUUCCAAAAGGGGGACUUCGCAGAGCUCUACCGUCUGGUCCAGAGCCGCCCUUUCCAGCCUCUCCAUCAUCCUUUCCUGCAGGACCUCUACCUGAGGGCCAGGUACAGAGAGGCAGAGGCUGCCAGAGGCAGGGCCCUGGGGGCAGUGGAUAAGUACAGGCUCAGGAAGAAGUUCCCUCUGCCCAGCACCAUCUGGGAUGGAGAAGAAACAGUCUACUGCUUCAAGAGGAGGUCCAGGGCUGCCCUGAGGGAUUCCUAUGGCAGGAGCAGGUACCCCAGCCCUGAGCAAAAGAGGCGCCUGGCCAGGGAUACUGGGCUCUCCUUGACCCAGGUCAGCAACUGGUUCAAGAACCGAAGGCAAAGGGACCGAGGGGGAGCUGGAAGAGGAGGCCAUGGAACUGGUGGUGGUGGUGGCACACCCAGCAAAAGUGAAUCAGACGGGAAUCCUAGCACGGAGGACGAGUCCAGCCAUGGGCCUGAAGAAACCGAAGCAGCCACGGGGACAUCUACCACACCUGAAGGGGUCACAGCCUCCAACAGCCUUUUCCUGCCGGCUGCCUGCUCCAGCGCCUCUUCCAUCCUUCUUAAUGGGAACUUCAUCACAGCCACCUCUCCCACCAUGUUCCUCAAUGGCGGCUCUGUCAUCCAGACCCCUGGAGGUGGUGUCAUCCUUAAUGGUUUGACCCUGGGAGAUAACCAGACCAUCACCUUGAGUCCUGUGACAGCAACUCCCAGUCCCCCCAUCCUCCUCAACGGCUCCACCACUCUGUUGAGCAGCAAACCCAUGGCACCCACCAGCCAGGAAGUCGCCAAAGGCCCCCGAGAGCCCCUUCCUCCAGCUGCUGUCCUCCUGGGUCCACCAGCCCUUCAGGGGGAGGUGAAAUCCGAAGAAGAAGAGGCCUUACCAUUUGGUAUGGAAGUGAAGGCGGAGGAGGCAGACUCCGUCCCACCCCUCUUAACUCUCCCCGAUGCCUCCACAUUGCUCUCUGACCAUAAGGGGACCCUCUUGGGGGCCUUUUCCAUGCCUCAAGUUGUCCCAUCCAAAGACGAGGCUCCUGCAACCACUCCUGUGCCCAUUACACCUCAUCCUAGGGGCACUUCCGGCCCUCCGGUUGUUUCCCUGGCCAAGUUAGUCCCUGCAACUCCAGCUUUGCCAACUGCGCCAGACCCUGUGGUCACUGUCAGUGGCCAAGUGACCCUAGCGAACCCAUCUCCUACCACCAUGGCUACAUCUCUGCUUUCCAUCCCCAGGUCUUCUCCAGGUCAGGCCACUGUUCUCCACGUUCCUGCCCCAUCCCUGGUCCCCAUUGCCCAGGUUUCACCUCCUUCCCAGGUUGUACCCCUUUCCCAGCCAGUUUCGGGGACCCAGGUGCUCUCCCCAUCUCAAAUGGUUCCCAUGUCCCCCACUCAGAUCUACACCGUACCCCAGGGUCCGCCUGCCCCUCAGCUUGUCUCCCUUCCGCAAGUUCCCCAGGGGUCACAAAUUAUCUCUCUGCCCCAAGUGGUGCCCACCUCCCAGGUUAUGACACUGCAACAAAGCAUGGGCAGCCCCAUCCAGAUCUUGACAAGCGCUGCCCCCAUCAAAAUGGGUGCCAUGGCAGGGACGCAACAGGCCACCGUGGCAGGAGGGCAUCUUGGACAGAGCAACAGCGUGCAUCUGAUCAAUACCAAUGUUGGUGUGACAGCACUGCAGCUUCCAGGCACAACAGCAGGAAAUAUUCUCCUGAGCAACCCAGCGACAGGCAGUGGCACCAUCGUCACUGGCAUGGCACUCCAGCAAGGCAAGCUGAUCCUAACAGCCACUUUCCCAGCUGGCAUGUUGAUGGCGCCCAUCCUCUCAGCUCCUGCGGUGCCCACCUUGGCAUUGCCCAUCAAACAGGAACAGGUGGUGACCCCACCCGCAUCUCUUGCGGCUGAUGAAGGAAGUGGCGGUGAUGGCGGUGGCGACAGCAGUGGUCCAGGAAACCUGUUGCUUUCAAGCAUCACAUCCGGAGUCUCCUCUCUCUCUGCAUCUGACAAUGCCGGGCAAGCCAGCUUGUCGUCUUUUGCCCCAGACUCUCUCUUCUCCCAUCCCGAAAGCCUGGGCAUGUCCCAACAGCAAAUGGUGUGGCCCAACCCCUUGGAUCUUCAAGGGACCAGCUCUGAUGGGCUCUUUGAAAUGGACAAGAGCCCGAUGGUGGAGCAAGCGGGGUUGCUCAGGCUUCCUGAAGACGAAGGCCUCUUGCUGGAUGACUCGGGGGGUGACCCCAUGGAUCCAGAAGCUCUCGACUCGGGGGAGAAAGUGCUGACCCAGCUGCAGUCGGUGCCAGUAGAAGAUUCUCUGGACUUAUAAAAGAAUGGGAUAGGUGGGAUCCAGUGAGUCGGGCUUGGAGGUAAUCUAUCACCAGCUGCAGGAAGAGAAUGGGAUUUUGCCUUUUAAUCUAUCCUUCUUGGUCCCUUCUCCUGCCAUCUCCCAGACCAGGAAUGCUGGUUUAGGAACUCUACAAGUGCCUUGAUAAGGGAAACUCUUCUCCCAUGUUUGUGAGCCUUCCCUCUUCCUGCAAUCAGGACUACGGUUGCAACUUUUGUAUGAAUGUGUGUUGCAAACACUAAAGUAGUGAAACACAAGGGCAAUGCCUCCAUCCCCUUACAGUUGUGUGUCCAGCACUCUUAGGUGCCACCUUGCGGCUGCCAGUUGAAUAGUAAGCACAAUCUUGCUUCUCUUUGCUGCCUCUUUCUUGUCUUCAAAAGUUGAGGAUGUUCUCCAUUUCUUCCUCAACUCUUCAGCCUAUGAGUUGCCCAUUGAGCAUCCUCCGAUUGAUGAUGCAGCUUGCAAAGAUAGUAACUUCUGAUUAACUUUGGACAGGUAGCACUUACACAUGGAAACAUUGGUUAUUUCCUUUCCCUACCUCCUUGGUGCUAAGGGAUGAGGUUGAGCCUAACUCGCUUGACCCCAAAUCCCGUUUUGGAAAGGGAGGGAGAAUAAAUCCAGUUUUUCUUGUGUUCUUUGCAAGGAGGUGAGGGGCAUCAAAGCUUUGGUUUCUUGUUGGCUUUUUAGUAUUGCAUUUAGAGGUAUCGGCGCCAUCCUAGCAAGUCAAAAUUGGAACAGUUGGACAUUGCGCCAGUCCUCCAGAGCUAGAGUGUCCUCUGUUCUUUCUCCAUUGUUUGUCCCCAAACACUUUUCAUUUUGGUUUUUAUCAGCCGGUGCCUUAUCUGUGGAAUAGUCUUUCAACAUUUAGUGCAGGCGGGAAAGCAAGAGAAAGCCUGGACUAAUCAUGACACUACACUUAUGUGUGAACAUAGGCACAUUUUUUAAACUAAGGGACUCGGUGAUGCACAGGUUAUUCCUAAAAAUGAAAGGUACAUGCAAAUAGAUUGUAGAUAUGGAUUUGCAGCUUCUUAAGACAUAGUGAAGUGAGUUUUAGUCACAGACAAAUAUCCCUUUCUAUUUGGGGUUGGGAAGAAGUCAUGUCUUGUGUUAACUAGGAACACUUUUGAGUGAUCAUCUGAAAGACAGAAAUCUCACAGUAUUCCUAAGUACUUGUUGUUGUUGCGUGCCUUUAAGUUCUUUCCGACUUACAGCGACCCUAAGACUCACAGAACGAAUUUUAAACAUUUUAUGAACAAAAGAGCCUCCACGGUGCCAGUUUUUUUGGAAAGGCAGGGCAAGACUUUGAGCCAUCAGAACUGAACAAAUUAAAAAUUAAAAUCAGAACAAGGUGCUUUGACUCGUUCCUCUCCAAAGAGUUCCCUUCUGCGUUCUUUUAAAAAAUACCUACGUUCUCUUACAAGUGAAAUUAGCUUGUUCUAUAUCAGUGUUUCCCAAACUUUGAUCCUCCAGAUGUUUUGGACUUCAACUCCCAUAAUUCCUGAUUGUUGGCCUAACUGGCUAAGGCGUCUGGGAGCUGAAGUCCAAAGCAGAUGGAGACCAAAGU